AUGGCCGAAAUGCAGCUAAAUGAAAUAAGAGUUGAUCCGUUGACGAACAGGCAGGAAGAUCCUCUAAGCAACAGACCUGAACAAGGGUCAAAGAUGGCCAUGUCAGAAAUACAAGGUACCUCAUCGCAAACAAAUGAGCGUUCUUUGUGGCUUAGCGGCAUAAUGAGAGGAGUUGAAGGGGCUAAAACCAAGCAACGGUACUCAGGGCCAAUGAUUCCAAAGGUUCCAGAUAAACUCAAGCAUGAAAACAAGGAAUGCUACAAGCCCUCGGUGGUCUCAAUUGGUCCUUAUCACUAUAAGGAUCGUCAAAACAAGCUCCAUGAGGUGGAGAAACUGAAGGUUCAGAUGGCUCGUGAAUUCGUCCUGGAUAGUAAGAUUAAAGACAUAGAAAUCUUAUACAGUGAGGUUGCAAAGGUGGCAGAGAAUGCAAAGAGAUUUUACGAGGGGAGCUCAAUAAGUUGCUUUGAUGAUGAGCAAUUCACGCGGAUGAUGUUUCUUGAUGGUUGCUUUAUUCUCCAAUUCAUCCGUGGUGUCAUGGACAAUAAAUUGGAUAUGAGUGAUCAACAAAUUAUCCUUGUUAAGCAGGACCUGCUAUUGUUGGAAAAUCAGCUCCCUUUUUCAGUCUUGAAGUCAUUGAUGAGCUUGAAGAACGAUGGAGAUGAUCGUGGAAAGGAAAUCAAUAUCAAUGAUUUUCUUUUACUCCAGAUUCUCCAACAAAGUGAUCAACGACGUCCAGUGUGGGUGCUCUCUUGGCUUGUUAAAGGGUAUCUCCUGUUACUUCUUAUAUAUACUUCAGUAGUUUACCCUUUCCAUAUUCUUCAAGGCAAGGACUCCUUUUUUUUCUCCCCUCUUUUUGGCAUCUUGGUUGCUGGCGUGAUUUUUGUUUGCAAAAUGGUCGCCUCGCUUAUGAGGUCACUCCUAUGCGGAAACAAAUGGCAGGCGGCGAAAUAUCAUUGGCCCCCUCAUCAAGAGCCUGCUCAUAUUCUUGAACUUCUAUACUCCAUGUUCGUACGUUCUCAAAAAGAAAAACAUAAGCUGUCUCUAAGAAGCUGCUGUAUUUAUGACUUGCCUGGGCGUCUUAGGAAUUUAUUUCCUAAAUCCAAGCUGGGCAAACGUGGCCACAAUUUGUAUUAUUCUGCUAAGGAUCUUCAGAAGGUGGGAAUCCACUUUAAGCCUAGCAAGACAAGCACUUUGAUGGAUGUCGAGUUCGUGUCAUCAAUUUUCUAUGCAACAUUGAAAAUUCCUUCAAUUACUAUAGAAAAAGCAACCAGGUCCAUGCUGUUGAACUUAGUGGCCUACGAAACAGCUGCUUUUCUCGAUGAUCUUUGGGUCACCUCUUAUAUAUGCUUCAUAGACUCGCUCAUUGAUGAUGCUGAAGAUGUGAAAGUGUUGAGGUCAAAGGGCAUACUUACCAAUUAUCUUGGACCUGACCAGAAGGUAGCGGAUCUCUUCAAUCAAAUUGGCCGUUCCCUAGAACCCAAUGUUAGUUAG